AUGGAAGGGGUGUUAAAUAGUAAUGUGCAAUCAUUACCUCAUGUAGAAGAGGAGUUUGUUGAUUCUGAUUAUGAUAUGUCUUCUGGUGAUGAGGAUUAUCAAGAGGUCAUGAAUGAACAAAGGGAAAAAAGUAGAGGCAAACAAGCUGAGUCUGAUUCAAAUGGUGAGGGUCAUAUUGGGUUUGCAGAAUUUAAUGAAGAAAAGGAAUUGUACAACCCACGGUUAAGGGUUGGAAUGGUGUUUAGGGAUUUUGACCAACUCAAAAAAGCAUGCAGAAACUGGGGGAUUAAGCACAGAUUUCAAUUAUGGUUCCCCCAAAAUGACAAGAAGAGAGUUAUUUGUGCUUGUCACAACAAGAAAUGCUCAUUUAGUAUUUAUGCAACUCACAUGAGCAAAGACAAUCCAUCUGUGCAAAUUAAGAGUGCAAAUUUAGAUCACAGCUGUGGGAAGGUCUUCAGUAAUUUUCAUGUGACUUCAAGGUGGCUUGCAACCAAAUACUUUGACAAAUUCAAGGCCGAUCCAAAUUGGAGCUAUAAUGGGAUAAUUAAACAAGUCAAGGAUGACCAAGGUAUCACAAUAUCUCACAUGAAAGCUUGGAGAACAAAAAAUUUGGCUAUGAGGUGGGUUAAUGGAGAUGAGGCUGAGCAGUACACAAAACUUAGCAUGUAUGCAGCUGAGCUUAGACAAAGUAAUCCUGGGACCACAGUAAUUUUGUGGAGGGAUGAAGGUGUCUUUCAAGGAUUCUAUGUCUGCCUAAAGCCCCUAAAGGAUGCAUUUUGGUCAGGAUGUAGGCCAUUCAUAGGCUUUGAUGGAUGUUUUUUGAAAGGCAUUUAUGGUGGACAAGUUUUGUCAGCAAUAGGGAUUGAUCCAAACGACUGCAUAUUUCCCCUUGCUUAUGCAGUAGUUUUAACUGAGAGUAGACAGACUUGGACAUGGUUCAUGGAGCUUUUGAGGGAUGAUUUGGAGAUAUGGAAUAGCAAAUAUAUCACCAUAAUGAGUGAUCGCCAAAAGGGCUUAAAAAGGGUUGUUGAAGAUAUAUUUCCAGAUGCUGAACAUAGAAAUUGUGUUCGGCACAUUUACACAAAUUUCAGAGAGAAAUUCAAAGGGAAAACCCUAAAAGAUUAUUUGUGGAAUGUUGCAAGGGCCACAUAUGUGCAAAGGUACAUCCUUGAUGCAAGGGAUAAGGGAAUCAUCACAAUGCUUGAGAUGAUCAAGAUGAAGCUGAUGAGGAGAAUAAAAAAAAAUAAGGAGAAAAUGUUGAAGUACAAUGGGAAGAUAUGCCCAAAGAUCCAAAAGAAGCUUGACAAGAUGAAGGAGGAAAGCCAUUGCUACACCCCAGAAUUUUCAUGUGGACCCAAGGUCCAGAUCAUAGGUGUGGGGGGGACCUUCAUUGUUGACAUGGUUGAAAAUACUUGCACAUGUAGAAGAUGGGAGUUAACAGGGUUACCUUGCCCUCACGCAAUCAAUGCUAUAUAUGGUAACAAUCAGCAGCCAGAAGAAUUUGUGCAUGCGUGCUACAUGGUGGAUACAUACAUGAAGGUCUACCAUCACUUCAUAAACCCAACCAACAAUGAAGAGCUUUGGCCAGAAGUAAAUGAUGGCACAAGAAGGAGAAGUAAUCAGGCAGUCAAUCUAGAAGAUGUCUCAGUUGGUAGUACUGCAGCUGCCAAUUCACCAAGUCAGCCCCUUGAUUUUAUAGGCACCCAGCAGUCUCAAACAAGGCAACCAAGUCAAAUUACCAACAAAGGGCCAGUAUUAAAUGUCAGCAUAAGCAGUUCUUCACAUGUUAGUGUGGCUAACAUGGGAAAUGCGAUCUAUUGCACAAUGGCACCUCAAUCUCCAACAAGAAAUAGGGCUUCUUCCUAG